GAACACGGCAGUAGAUUGAAAGAUGUAUGGUAGGGACUCUUACUCCGAGCCCUUUGCUCUUGAACGACGAGUCGUGAGAAAAAUUCAUGGAAGUUCUCCUCAGAGCUCAAUAGUGUGGUAGACAGUCCAAACCUGCCUUCUGUACAUGCUCUCGACAGCUAUCGUACUGCUAUUUCGCUAUUUCGAACGGCAUCACUUGUCAGCAACCAGUCCCCACUUAACCAUGUCUCAUGAAUCGAGUGUUCAGCGCCUACUGGAACGAGUAGAUGCUCUCAUGGACGAGGAUGGAGCAGACGACCUCUUCUUCACGCCUCCAAGGCACAGCCCCAGCUCACAGUCGUCUCAACGCAAGCCUUCCCAGUCGAUCUACCUUCCUCCUAAGGGAUGUUCUCCGACUGCUCUUUCGAGCAGUCUCUCUCAACCUCAGACUCCCGUGCGAAGGCAAGGCCGCGGAGCGAGGUCCCAUGGCACAGCCUCCACGACAAGACCUUCGUAUCCGACUAAAUGGACCAAAGGGCAUGAGGAAGCUCUCAUAAUCUUUGCCGCGUCGCUGCCCCUUCUAUACCGUCAUCACCUCUACAAGAUGCCAUUUUUUGAACCCUGGUCUGGGUACGGCUGGUCUCACCUUUCGACCUACCUCCGAAAAGCGAUGCGGAACAUCUUACGCACCCAAGGCUGCAGCUUUGAGCUUCCCAACCUUAGCAAGAGCUCGACUGGAAAUGGCACCCUGCCCGAUGAGAUAGUGCGAGGAAUGGAAGAUGCGAUUUUGCGAGGCUCUGGCUCUGGGAAUGCGACUAGCCACGCAAUAAGCAGAUCUCUGCGUCUGCCCAUCACGCCCAGGCGCCGCCGAAAUGUCAGCACCGCUACCCGAUCUCCUUCCAGUAAAGAACAGAGACCAAACACCCGAAGAUAUCAGGAAGGCGAAAGUAGCCCGUUUAUCAAAUCAGACGAGGAAGAAUUUCCCGAUCUGGAUUCCACGGCCUCCUCUGCAGGCUUCAAUACUCCUCCUCCUCGUCGGGCAAAUCGGCCGCGACGCUCUUCUGCAGGCAAACGGCUCUCUACCUCGCUCUCGCUCUUGAAGGGUUUCACAUUCUCCGACGACGAGGAAGAAGACUCUCUCUGCCUGGGCAGCAAGAAGCGCCGUCGCCAUCGCUACACGAGCACAGAUAGCGCUCAGGAUGAGCUCUGGCAGCCCAAGACGCCCACUAUCGAUAGAUCUUCGAAACGGAAAGCUGAAGCGUGCAGACGUACGCCCCCUUGUUCUCAAACCGUCACGGCUUCACCGAGUCGCCCCUCUGCCCGGCCUCUCAUCAAGACGUCCAGCUCUCCGUCUGCUUGCGCUCCAGCUCGUGAGCAAUCAGCCGCAAUGCAGAAGCUGGUCGGAGCAGAUACAAUGUGCAUCGAUCUGACUAUGAGCGACGACGACUGA